AUGUACAAGUUCUGCCAGGCUGUGAUUGAGGUGUUUGGCCCGGAGUACUUGAGGCAGCUAACUGCCGCUGAUACAGAGAGAUUGUUGGCGACCAACGCAGCUAGAGGCUUUUCAGGUUCUCACAAUGAUAUCAACGUGCUGCAGCGUUCUUCAGUCUUCGCAAGGCUUGCAGAAGGCCACUCCCCACCUGUCAACUUUGAGAUCAACGGCCACCAGUACAACAAGGGAUACUAUCUAGCUGAUAGUAUAUAUCCUCAGUGGUCAACUUUUGUGAAGACAAUUUCGAAACCCCAAGGUGAGAAGAGAAAGAGAUUUGCCCAAAUGCAAGAGAGUGCCAGAAAGGAUGUGGAACGUGCUUUUGGUGUGCUUCAAUCCCGGUGGGGUAUCGUUCGAAACCCUGCACUGUCAUGGGAUGAAACGAAGCAUUGGGAGGUGAUGAGUCCUUGUGUGAUCAUGCAUAACAUGAUCGUCGAGGACGAGCGUGAUGAGAGUAUCUUCGACCAAGGAUUUGAUUAUCAAGGUCAAAAUGUUGAGCUCCUGCACCAAGAACCGGCCACAUUUGAACAGUUUGUCCAAUUCCACCGUGAGCUGCGUGAUUGGCACACUCAAUUGGAUCUUCAAAAUGACUUGGUUGAGCACGUGUGGGAUCACAUUGGCAACCAAUAG